UAUCCACACGUUUAUCCCCACACUACCCUCAUACCCUCAACUUAUUUUCUUCUCUACACUUGGAACAUUGAUGGAUCAGCCCCCAUCCUCUGCUGUUAGACGCAGCUUGAAGCGCAAGCUCGAACGAGAAUUCGCCGAAGAAGGAGCAGAUCAACCAACGGCCGAUCGUAAAGUGUUGGUUCUUGAACCUCAAAAUUUUUUGAGUGAAGUUGUGUCGCAAGUCACUAUUCUCAACUCCAGUUUCUCAUCGUCUCAGUCGGAUCGCCUCGCAGCCAAGCGCGCUGUUCAUGUUCUCACCGAAUUAGCAAAGAAUGAGGAAAUUGUGAAUAGUAUAGUGGAUUGUGGAGCCGUUCCUGCUUUGUUGAGGCAUCUGAAAGCACCAGAACCAGUUAGAGAAGGUGAUGGUGUUCCCAAGCCUUACGAGCAUGAGGUGGAAAAGGGAUGUGCCUUCGUCCUCGGACUUCUUGCUGUUAAACCAGAGCUUCAACAACUCAUUGUCGAUGCUGGAGCUUUACCCUAUCUUUUGGACAUGUUAAAGAGGCACAAGACCUGUGGUAAUUCACGGGCACUUACUGGCCUUAUAAGGAGAGCAGCUGAUGCCAUCACAAACCUUGCGCACGAAAAUAGCAGCAUUAAAACUAGUGUGAGGAUGGAAGGUGGGAUCCCUCCUCUCGUUGAAUUGCUUGAAUUUGAUGACGCAAAGGUAAAAAGGGCAGCUGCAGGGGCCUUACGCACCCUUGCAUUUAAAAAUGACGAGAACAAAAACCAGAUUGUUGGAUGCAAUGCGCUGCCUACUCUUAUACUAAUGCUUAGAUCAGAGGAUGCUGCAAUACAUUCCGAAGCAGUUGGCGUGAUUGGAAAUCUGGUCCAUUCUUCUCCAAACAUAAAGAGGGAAGUUCUUCUAGCUGGUGCUCUACAACCUGUAAUUGGAUUGCUUAGAUCUUGCUGUUCUGAGAGUCAAAGAGAAGCAGCUCUUUUGAUUGGUCAAUUCGCUGCAACAGAUUCUGAUUGCAAGGUUCAUAUUGCUCAAAGAGGGGCUAUCCAGCCACUGAUCGACAUGCUUAAGUCUCCAGAUGCACAGCUUCGGGAAAUGUCGGCUUUUGCUCUGGGGAGAUUGGCUCAGGACAUACACAAUCAAGCCGGUAUUGCUUAUAAUGGUGGUAUAGAGCUUCUACUCAAUCUUCUUUGCUCCAAGAAUGGGCCUCUCCAACAUAAUGCAGCCUUUGCUCUAUAUGGUCUUGCUGAUAAUGAGGACAAUGUUGCGGAUAUUGUUAAGGUUGGUGGUGUUCAAAAACUACAGGAUGGAGAUUUCAAAGUUCAACCUACUAAAGAGUGUGUAGGAAAGACAAUGAAAAGAUUAGAGGAGAAAAUGCAUGGACAAGUACUGAAACAGCUAUUGUAUCUUAUGCGUUUCGGAGAAAAGGUUGUUCAAAGACGUGUGGCUCUAGCUCUUGCUCAUUUAUGUUCCCCUGAUGAUCGUAAAUCCAUUUUUGUUGACAACAAUGGACUUGAGUUCCUGCUGGAUCUUCUAGAAUCUACAAACCUCAAACAGAAACGUGAUGCGUCAAUGGCACUUCACUCGUUGGCCGUCAGAACCACAUCUGUCUCUCCCUUUGAUGUUGCCCCUCUGUCCCCGAUUCCCCAGGUAAACUACAUAUCUCAUUUGCUUACCCCAUUUCAUCAA